AUGACUAUUACCACUAGCACUAAGUCACUGAACGUCAUCAUUGACGACGACAAAAAAGUACAAUCUUUGAAUGAAGUCAUUGAUAUUGAAUCUACUCAUAGUGGAGUUGAUGAAAUUUUCGGUGAAGAGAAGAGACUUAACAGAGGUUUAAAACAGAGACACAUUCAAAUGCUUGCUCUCGUGGGUGUCUUUGGUACGGGUCUUUUCUUAUCAAGUGGUACUACUUUGUACUUGACAGGAAAUGUUGGAAUGUUUCUUUCCUAUCUUUUUGUUGGAGCUUUGGUGGGUUUGAACCAGUUGGCGAAUAUCGAGCUUUCCUGUUUUGUUCCCCUCACAAGUGCUACCGUGAGACAAACUGAACAUUUUAUUGAUGAAUCCUACGGUUUUGCUUUGGGAUGGAUCCAGGUUUAUGCUGGUUUGAUGCCCGGUGAACUUGCAGCCACUGCCCUUGUGAUGCAUUACUGGAGUGACUUGAACCCUGCUGUUUGGUUGUCUAUCUUCAUUGUUAUUAUUGUUGCCUUGAAUUCAUACAGUAUUCGCUUUUAUGGAGAGGUCGAAUUCGGUUUCGGAUGCUUGAAGAUUUUGUUGAUUACCGGCUUAAUUCUUUUGAGUGUUAUUAUUGACUUGGGUGGAGUACCAAAAAUUGACAGAAUUGGCUUCAGAUAUUGGAAGGAAUCACCAUUCAAGGCCAAGUAUAAACUUGGAUCCGCAGGUAAGUUUUUGGCUUGGUGGAAGGCCUCGAGCUCCACAAUCUAUGCCUUUGGAGGUAUUUCUUCUAUUUCCUUCUUUGGAGGAGAGACCAGAAACCCAAGAAGAGCCAUCUACGUUGCUGGUAAGAGAAUCUUCUAUCGUGUCUUCGUCUUGUAUAUUUUGACAGUGCUCGGAUUGACUUUGAUAUUGUCAUCAAAAGAUAGUGCAAUUGCUUCUCCAACGGGAGAUGCAACUGGCUCACCUUUCGUCAUUGCAAUUGAGAGAGCAGGAAUCAAGGGACUUCCAAGUAUUAUCAAUGCUUUGGUGUUGAGCUCUGCAUUUUCUGCUGCUAAUCUCUCCAUGGUUCAUACUUCUAGAAAUUUGUUUGCUCUCGCCUCUAAGGGCCAAGCUCCAAGAAUCUUCCUCAAAACAAACAAGAGGGGAUUACCUUACUACGGAGUUAUUUUGGCUGGUAUUUUCAUGCCUUUGUCUUACAUGAAUGUGAGUUCGGGAUCCUCCACGGUCUUCGGCUGGUUUCAGUCUUUGACUUCUUCUAACUUGUUGAUUGGAUGGAUCUCUAUUUCCCUUUCACAUAUCGGUUUGCAACGUGCAUUGAAAGCCCAAGGCUACACCCGCAACGACUUACCCUAUACGAUGCCAUAUGCCCACGUUGGUGCAUAUAUCCUGUUGUUCUUCUUUGUUAUCUUGUUAUUGACUGGCGGAUUCCCUAACUUCAUUAAAGGGCACUUUGCGAUUGGAAGUUUCUUCAGCAGCUACUUCUCUAUUGCUUAUUUUGCCGUCUUUUAUAUUUUCUGGAAAAUCUGGAAGAGAACAAAGUUCAUUGAACCUACUGAAGUUGAUCUCCAGUCUUUAUUCAUCAAAGUCCAAGAGACUCCUGAGCCACCUGCAGAGCCACUCAAGGGUUGGAAAGUCUUGACUCUUCUCUGGUCGUAG